CAAAGCUCGCGGUCCCCAGCAGGAGCAAACACAAACAGAGAGAUCAGAUGGGUUGCUGUUUUCGCGGCUCAAGAACUCAGCCUCCCAUGGAAACCUCGUUCCAAGCAUACUCAUCAGCGCCGCCACCACCAAGAAAUCUCAGACAAGAGAUUCUGUUCCAAAUCCCAGGAUGCAGAGUUCAUCUCAUGGACGAUGGCGAAGCUCUCGAACUGGCACAGGGCCACUUCGAGAUCGUCAGAAUCGUCGACGAUAACGAGUCUCUAGCCACAGUCGUCAGAGUCGGCGGCGGCGACCUUCAAUGGCCGUUGACGAAGGACGAGCCGGUGGUGAAGCUCACUGCUCUGAAUUAUCUCUUCUCGUUGGCCGUGAAAGAUGGCGAACCUCUCAGCUAUGGCGUCACCUUCUCAGAACAGAGCCUUGGAAGCUUGGGGUUUCUGGACUCGUUCUUGAAGGAUCAUGCUUGCUUCACUGGUUUGAAAUCGAGCAGUAGAAAGAAUGAUCUUGAUUGGAAGGAGUUCGCUCCCAAGGUUGAUGAUUAUAAUCAUUUUCUGGCUAAGGCCAUCGCCGGAGGUACUGGUCAGAUUGUCAGAGGUAUCUUCAUGUGUAGCAAUGCCUACACCAACCAGAUCCAGAAAGGAGGAGAAACAAUUGUGAGAAGUGCUGAAGAGAAAAAUGGUGUCAUGCGCAGAGAAAGCGGCGGCUACAGUAGUUCUGGUUCCACAAACAGGAACCAAAUGAACAAAAACCUGAAACGGGCGAGGAAUGUGUCGAAGAUGACGGAGAAGUUAAGCAAAUCAUUGCUUAAUGGAGUUGGAAUAGUGAGUGGAUCAGUGAUGGGACCAGUGGUGAGAUCCAAAUCAGGGCAGGCAUUCUUGAGGAUGCUUCCUGGAGAAGUGCUCUUGGCUUCCCUUGAUGCCGUCAACAAGGUUCUUGAUGCAGCUGAGGCUGCUGAGAAGCAGACAUUUGUUGCAACCUCCCAAGCUGUAACCAGAUCAGUCACUAAUAGGUUUGGAGAGGAUGCAGGAGAGGCUACUGAGCACGUGUUGGCGACCGCAGGGCAUGCGGCAAACACUGCAUGGAACGUUUUCAAGAUACGAAAGGCCAUAAAUCCAGCUUCUUCAGCCAAAACUGGAGUACUAAAAAAUGCAAUGAAAAAUAGAAGUUUCAAAUACUGAAAAUCCAAUGUUGUUGCUUGCUUGCUUUGUGUUUCACAAUGAGAAAGCACAGUGUGUGGUGAAUUAGUAAAUACUAACUGUAUUAUUAAUUAGUAUUCAUUUCUAUCGUUUCCCAGAAAGCAAUGGGAAGCUCUGUGAUGUUCUUGGAGAAACAGGUUGAUGAAUGAUGAAUAUCUUUGUGCUGUGGAUGUAAUGGUUCGCUUUGUAUUUUUCACCUCUUUUA